CUUCUAUCUCUCUCUCUUUCUCUCUCUCUCUCUUUCUCUCUCUUUCUCUCUUGCCCUUGCCCUCUCAUCUGUCAUCGCAAAGAUAUCCGUCCCGUUACGUAUGCUCCGAUGUUUUUCCCCGUUCACGAAAACGAUAGCGGACUGAGACACAAUGGCGCGCAGGAGCACGAUUAAUCGCACGUUACAAUUAAUGCUGACUGUAUGUGGUGUGUGGCCAACCACAUCGGGCAUCGCGAUUUGCAGGGCAUAUUGGGUGAUCGCGUUAGGAAUAGACGAAGUCUGCCAUUAUCGCUACCUUCUGCUGCACCUGCACUCGAAUGAUCUGUUUGACCUGAUGGACUGUUUCAGUAGCUUCCUAACUCAGGUGAAGUUCAGCACGAAGCUGAUUAUAUUCUGGUGGAAUCAACGGAAGUUCAUGCGAAUAUUGAUGAUGAUGGCCGAGGAUUGGGACGAUUGCGCCAAUAGCGAGGUCGACGUGUGCGAGCCUACAUGCAAGGCUAAACUAUCAUCUCGCAUCACCAACAUGAUGUUCACCCUUCACAUGUUAACCAUCGUAGCGUACAGCGCCGGCAUACUGUUGGCCGACGUCGACUUCACAGAUCGGCAGGCCGAGUGGCCGCUCUUGCUGAAAGUGAACCUCCCCGUCGACAUCAGCACCAAGCGCACGUACAGGCUACUGUUGAGCGCACAGUUCGUGCACCUUAUCAUGUCCGGCUGCGGCACCGGCUUGCUCAACUCGUUGCUCUUGGCCUUGACUCUGCACGUGGGCGGUCAAAUGGACGUUCUAUGCUGUUGGCUGACCGAGCUAGCUCCCGAGGAGAGACGCGUGGAAAGACGCGAAUCGAUCGUCGACAGAACGAGCAAAAUCAUACGGAAGCAUCAGAGGAUUAUCCACUUCUCGAGAUGCAUCGAGGAUCUGUACACGUACAUAGCGUUGGUGCAAUUCACGUCGAACACUGUGCUGAUAUGCUCGUUGGGAUUCCUCAUCGUGACCGCGAUCGGCAGUCCCGAUGCGACGGAGCAAAUAGUGAGAUCUCUCUUAUUUUACACUGUGACGAAUCUGGAAGCGUUUAUAUUUUGCUUCGCCGGUGAAUACCUGAAAAACAAGAGCAAAGCUAUCGGGACCGCAGCGUAUAAUUCUGCAUGGUACGAGUUGAAGCCCGAAAACAGCCGUCCCUUGAUAUUCGUGAUAUUAAGAGCGCAGAAGCAAUUGACGCUCACAGUUGGGAAAAUAAUGGACCUCUCUUUAGAAUCGUUCACAAACAUCAUGAAAGCCUCGGGAUCGUAUUUGUCGGUCUUGUUGGCGAUGCAAUGAACACACACACAUACAUAGCGUUCAGUCGGAAGAUUAUUGAGCAGUAGUCGUGAACCGCAUAAUACCGCAUGUUGUGAAAAUAUGCUCUCACUAAUGAUAGACAAUAAUAGCGAAAAAUAUUUUUCCAUACACCGAGAGAUACUCCGCGACAGUGAUAAUAGUUUUGAGAGGAAAGAUGUGAGAAACAAUAAAUCAAGCUAAACCUCAACCGUUUUGCCUUGAGACACGCAGCUUCAUUUAGCACGAAACGUCAUGAUUAAUCACGCAAGGCUAUAUGGCGCACGAACUGCUUCCUUGCACAAGAGUCUCUUUCGAUUCUUUCUUUUUUUAUUUUGCCUGACAAACGUCUGAACAAGACUAACUGACGAACGUGCACUGUGAUGCCUACAACCGCACGAAUUAUUACAUAUUUAAACAACUGAUGGUUCCAGCAAUAUCAAGCAGGAGUGAAAGGGGAAUGAUCCUUGUGUGGUUCUUUUUCGCGCAUCGAAUUUAUGAAAAGCCGCGACGAAUAUCGAAGGGUUGCAAGCAUCACCACGUGAAAAAUAUUUGAUGAAAG